UCUGACUCGAUCGUGGAUCACUGUCAUCAGAUGAGCCGGUCCGUCACGAAAACCGACAGCGCUGCGUUGAUCGGCAGCUGUUCUCUUGUUGAACAGCAGAGGGCAACGCCAACAAUCUCUUCUCUGUUUCCCCAAACUGGGCUACAGGUCAUCGCCUUGAUGCUUCACAAAGGCUGUAAGAAACAACACACAGCAGGCCUUUGGACUGAAGAUGAAUAGCUGUGGUUGGCAGAGGCGACCUCCGUGCUGGACAGCCCGCUGUUAUCGCCACUGAUCGCCAGGUGCAUCAGCUGAAAGGCAACAGCAGCUUCCACUGGAGACAAUACACAAAAGAGCGUGGAAACACAAACACACACAUACACACACUGCCUAAAUUCAUAUGCAUUUUUUUCACAUUAUAUAACAAAUGUCCACUGAGUCCACGGAGGGCAUUUUAUGGCAUCAAAAAGCCGCAUUAUUUAAUCCACCACACAAUGUAAUAAUACUUCAAUUGUGUUAUUAUCUGUAUUAUUAUUGUUGUUGUUGUUAUUAUUAUUGCUAUGAUGGCAGGUCAGGCCUCAGUAAAACAUCACUUUGGGCUGUCUGCUUUAGGUUGCCUGUCUGUGUGUUGUUAUUGGACUGUGUGGAGCUCACUGUACUCUGCUCCAAUAGCAUCCCAAUAGCAGUGAAUGGAGGACUGAAAAAAAAGUGUAGCCAUGCAUGCAGGAGUGGGAGGAUCUACUCGCUUCAAUCUCGAUCUCAGACUUUUGCAGCGACAGGGGCACAACCAACCAACCGUCUCUGUUACUUCCAAAGAGUUACUGCCGGGACAUCCUACACACACACACUCAUACACACACGCACACACACACACACACACACACACUACUAUCUUUGGAUUUGUUCUCAACUUUUACUUCUGCGCUUUUUUCCUUGGCGAGACUGUAAUCCCGUGAAGACAUUUUUCCAGACUUCUCCCGUCGGCUUAGGGACGAGAAGAUAAAGCUUCCUCGGUCCUCUUAUCAUAACAGGUCUGGUGUCACUGGAGCGCCUCUCCGCGGGUGAACAGUCCGAGACGUGCAUCAUGCUAGACGGCAUUAAAAUAGAAGAUCAUCCCCUGCGAUCGGGACAAGCCACACUCGGAGUUAUGCUCGGGACUGAAUGUCAUCACAGAUCCGUGUGUGAAGGAUGCCAGCGUCCCAUCUCCGACCGCUUCUUGAUGAGAGUCAACGAUUCCUCGUGGCAUGAAGAGUGUUUGCAGUGCACCGUGUGUCAACAGCCCCUCACCAACAGCUGUUACUUCAGAGAAAGGAAACUUUACUGCAAACACGACUACCAACAGUUGUUUGCAACCAAGUGCAGCGGCUGCAUGGAGAAAAUCGCCCCCACAGAGUUUGUGAUGCGUGCUCUGGAGUGCGUCUACCACCUGAACUGCUUUUGCUGCUGCGUGUGCGACCGCCAGCUGAGGAAGGGCGACGAGUUUGUUCUGAAGGAGGGUCAGCUGCUUUGCAAGAUUGACUACGAGAGGGAGAAAGACUUACUCAGCUCGGUCAGCCCGGAUGACUCAGACUCAGAGAAAAGUGACGAUGAGGAGUUGGACAUCAAGCCAGAGAAAGGCAUAGGAAGCCAGGGGAAGGGGGAUGACAGCAAGGAUCCAAGGAGGCCCAAAAGACCACGAACCAUUCUGACCACUCAACAGAGACGGGCCUUUAAGGCUUCUUUUGAGGUCUCUUCAAAGCCCUGCAGAAAGGUGAGGGAGACUCUGGCUGCAGAGACAGGACUCAGUGUUCGGGUGGUCCAGGUGUGGUUUCAGAACCAGAGAGCUAAGAUGAAGAAGUUGGCAAGAAGACAGCAGCAACAACAAGAACAACAGAAUUCUCAAAGACUUGGCCAAGAGGUGAUGUCUAAUCGAAUGGAAGGGAUGAUGAACUCCUUCACACCGCUGGCUCCGCCGCAGCAGCAGCUGGUCGCCAUGGAUCAGAAUGGUUACAGCACAGACCCGUUCCAACAGGGGCUCACCCCCCCACAGAUGCCCGGGGACCAUAUGAACCCAUAUGGUAAUGAUUCUGCAUUCCAUGACAUAGACAGUGACACGUCUUUAACCAGCCUCAGUGACUGCUUCAUGGCAUCGUCAGAAGUCAACUCCUUGCAGGCCCGCGUGGGGAACCCCAUCGACCGCCUCUACUCCAUGCAGAACUCUUAUUUUGCGUCAUGAAAACAGAAGAGGAAGCUAACAUUAGCGCAGAAUAAACUGCCCAUCUCAACCUGAAGCGCGAUGGAUGGCCAGGACCUACGCUAACAUGGACAUGACAGAAGAAACACCUCCUUGCAGUAGCUCCUGGUUAUGUGUGGAAGCUUACUGAAAAGAUAGUAAAACCACUUAUUGUAAGACAGUGACGAUUCCUGGGGGAAAGACUUAAAUAUUGUUAGAGAUUAUUUGGUAGGAUUGCUUAUUUGUCACAGGAGAUAUUACUCUUUUCUUUGUUCACUUAAAGGAAAUAAGUAGAUAUUGAAGCCACUGAUUACACACUCUCAAACCAAAUAACACAAAGAAUUUAUACAGUGCAUGAUCAAUUGUAAACAAAAAGUUUUUGUAAGCUCCCCCCUCCCUCCCUUCCUCCCCCAGUUAAGAUGUGGUGUUUGGACUGUUUCUUCUUUCACACUACAUGGGAUUCCAUGUUCACCGUUAGCAUUUUGAUCACUUUCCAUAGGUUUAGAUAUUGUGUUAAUAGUAAAUAGGUGCAGCAUGUCUGCAAGAGUGACUGUACAUUUGUGUAUGUAUGAGAGAAAGAACUGUUUAGCUGAGACAAAAGUGGAGAAUUUGGUGGACAAGUAGGAUCAGUGAAGUGUAAAUACUUUCCCCAGGCAAAUUGGAUGUGCAUGUUAAAAAUGGAAAGCAUUCUAUUUAUUUAACUAUAACAGGCUCUUGAAGGUACAUAUUAAAACUGAAAAGCUUUAUUUAAAAAGGAGAGCAUUUUUGUUGAGGAAUUAGUGAGUUCAUGAGUAUCACAGCUCAUCUGUAUACCUUUUUAAUAUGAAGAUUAACCCUCUUGUUUUUGUUUUAUUCAGCCAAGCUGUAAAUGGGCAAAGUUGCUAUUUAUUUCAUACAGACCAUAAACCUUUUGUUGUCAUUGUCCUAUGUGCAUUAUCAAAAUGUUAAAGUUGCUAAUUGACCAAAGUCGACUGGUUUGAUGAAUAAACAAUGUCUUUCUCCUGAUAACGUUAAAUAAAUACCAUCAGUGACAAGUCA